CGUGACUAACUUUUAACAUGACGUCAAAACCGCCGUAAACAACAAUAAGGAAGUGGAGGCGGGAUGGAGUCCCUUUAGGACGCAGCAUUAGGAUUAUAAUGCUGUAGCGUUUAAUUAUCACACACGACACCAGCGAUGGAGGGCUCCAAAACGUCGAGCACCACCAUGCAGGUGAGCUUUGUGUGUCAGCGCUGCUCCCAGCCGCUGAAACUGGACACAUCCUUCAAUGUUCUCGAUCGGGUCACCAUCCAGGAGCUUAUUGCUCCAAUAGUCUCAGUGACCCCCAGCAAACAGUCUGACAACAGCGGAGUGGAGACGGCACCAGAGGAAACGUUUGUUGAAAACAAGCAGGAUGGAGUUUCGAGAAAAUACAUCCCUCCUGCACGAAUGAUGUCAACAGAGAGCGCCAACAGCUUCACACUCAUUGGAGAUGCAUCUGAUGGCGGCACCAUGGAAAACCUUAGUCGUAGACUGAAGGUAACCAGUGACCUGUUCGACAUCAUGUCGGGCCAGACAGAUGUGGACCACCCACUGUGCGAGGAAUGUACCGACACUCUGCUGGACCACCUAGACACGCAGCUCAACAUCACAGAGAACGAAUGCCAGAAUUACAAGCAGUGCCUGGAGCUGCUAUCGCACCUGCAGGUGGAGGAUGAGGAGACCCUGUUGGCAGAGCUACAGCAGCUCAAAGAGGAUGAGGAAAAACUGGUUCAGGAGCUGGAGGCUGUGGAGGAGCAGAGGGCUACUGUAGCCCAGGACCUGGCCCAGAGCAGGAUCCAAGCUCAGCAGCUCGACACAGAGGAGCUACAAUACCAGAAGGAGUACAGCGAGUUUAAACGGCAGCAGCUAGAGCUGGAUGAUGAGCUCAAGAGUGUUGAUAACCAGAUGCGCUACUGCCAGAUUCAGCUAGACCGCCUGAAAAAGACCAACGUUUUCAAUGCUACAUUUCACAUCUGGCACAGCGGCCAGUUUGGUACCAUCAACAACUUCCGCCUGGGCCGACUCCCCAGCGUCCCGGUGGAGUGGAACGAGAUCAACGCAGCCUGGGGACAGACGGUGCUUCUGCUGCACGCUCUCGCCAACAAAAUGGGGCUGCGCUUUCAGAGAUAUCGUCUUGUCCCAUAUGGAAACCACUCAUACUUGGAGUCACUGACAGACAAGUCAAAGGAGCUCCCACUGUACUGCUCAGGUGGACUGAGGUUCUUCUGGGACAAUAAGUUCGAUCAUGCCAUGGUGGCCUUCCUGGACUGUGUCCAACAGUUCAAAGAGGAGGUGGAAAAAGGAGACACUGGCUUCUGCCUCCCCUACAGAAUGGAUGUGGAGAAGGGCAAGAUCGAAGAUACGGGUGGCAGCGGAGGCUCCUACUCCAUCAAAACUCAGUUUAACUCUGAGGAGCAGUGGACGAAAGCGCUCAAGUUUAUGUUAACCAAUCUGAAGUGGGGACUGGCUUGGGUUACCUCACAGUUCUACAACAGAUAAAGCAGCUGGACAGUGUCAAUAUUUGAUUAGUCACAUUCACAUCUGUUGAAGGAAUAUCAUGCAAUAUAUAUUUGGAUACUUUAGCCAAAGGAAAAGAAUGGUUAAGUCUGCACUAUACAGCAAAAAGCUUUGAGUGAUAUCGAGCCCUUUUUUUUUUU